UUUCAGCCCAGUGAUCCCCCUUGGUAGACCACUGACAAAGAGUCAAAAUGCUCAGUGUUCUCACUGCAAGGCUGCUCACAUGUCUGGAUUACCAUUACCACGUCACUGAGGAAGACAGCAAACUGAGGCUUGCCCAAGAUCAAAGGACUUGCCCAAGAUCACUCACCUCUAAAACCAGGGCAUGCUGAACCCAACCCCCCAUCCCAUGUUGGGCCUCCUACAAUUGUAUUAUCCGCUGCCUCUCUUCCAAGCUCUCUCUGCAGUGUGGGUUGGAGACGCGGCUGUGAGCUCAGGAGCCCUGUGUUCACCAGGCUUGUCACUUUCAUCUCCCGCAAUACACUGAACUUUUCUAACUCAGUUUUCCCGCCCGCAGAACGUGGGAAAUAAAGCCCACACCUCACAGCUUUGCGUUCAGGAUCACAGGCGAGGAAAGCUCUUCGGAAACAGCAAAGCGCCCUACGAAUAACCUCCGCAACAGGCAUUCACACUCGAGCUCCCCCACUUCCCAGUCCCGGGAGACGCUCCCGUCUCCGCCCACCUCCUAGGCGGCGCGGCGCGGGGUAGGAAGGAGGAUUAACCCCUGGGCGCCUGUCUGGGCGUUUCUCCAGGCGGCCGGGGAGGAGUUCCGCCUCUCGCCCCCGCCCCGCCGCUGGGCUCCCUGGAGCCCGCACUCGCGCUCUCGGAGUCCCUCUCCCGCCCAGGCCCCUGCUGGCUGCGCUCCCUCGGUCCGGCACUGCACGCGGGCGGCCCGCCAGGAUGCAGGCCGCGCACAAGGAGCACCUGUACAAGCUGCUGGUGAUCGGCGACCUGGGCGUGGGCAAGACCAGCAUCAUCAAGCGCUAUGUGCACCAGAACUUCUCCUCGCACUACCGGGCCACCAUCGGCGUGGACUUCGCGCUCAAGGUGCUCCACUGGGACCCUGAGACAGUAGUGCGCCUGCAGCUCUGGGACAUCGCAGGUCAAGAAAGAUUUGGAAAUAUGACAAGGGUCUAUUACAGAGAAGCUAUGGGCGCAUUUAUUGUCUUCGAUGUCACCAGGCCAGCUACAUUUGAAGCAGUGACAAAGUGGAAAAAUGAUUUGGACUCAAAGUUAAGUCUUCCUAAUGGCAAACCAGUUUCAGUGGUUUUGUUGGCCAACAAAUGUGACCAGGGGAAGGAUGUGCUCACGAACAAUGGCCUCAAGAUGGACCAGUUCUGCAAGGAGCAUGGUUUCGUAGGAUGGUUUGAAACAUCAGCCAAGGAGAAUAUAAACAUUGAUGAAGCCUCCAGAUGCCUGGUGAAACAUAUACUUGCAAACGAGUGUGACCUGAUGGAGUCCAUUGAGCCGGACGUCGUGAAGCCCCAUCUCACAUCACCCAAGAUUGUCAGCUGCUCCAGCUGUGCCAAAUCCUAGUAGGCUUCUUUGCUGGCAUAUGAUGGAAAUAAUCCCAUUUAUCUCAUGUCUCAGUUCUUACCAAUUUGAGUAAAUGUCAGGAUAGGGAUACACAUGCAGCAAGCCAAAGAUCUAUGCCUGUAUAUUUCCUAUAAGAGAGAAAAAUAGCAAAUGUUCUUUUCAUGUUUUUCCCAGCAUCAGCACAGUGUUUACGAGCUUGUUAAAUAUUUAGUCUGUUACAAAAUUCUGUCUUGUAGCCGACCACAGUUCUGGAGGGCCACAGUUCUGGAGGGCCAGUGUCUGCCCUGUUAUUUUCUUCUUGGAUUCAGCCAUGGCCUCUAGUCUUAAAGAGAAAGGGGAGAAGAGCAGACUAGCUGUCAAGUUCAGCACUGGCUUUCACUUUGCCCCUGGUGCCUUUGUCCAGAUUUCAAUACACUUUCUGCUGGGCUGACAGGCCUAUUAAGUAGAAAUGUUUUUUUUCUCCAGAGAUGACCUCCAUUUCCAACAGCCCUAAGAGUUGUCUCUGAUUUAGCCCUUCAGAGUCGAGUACACAGACUUCCUGUGCUUUUCUUGCUUUUAUUGUCCCUUGCCAUGCCCUGAAUGUUGGUUUAAGUGAAAACUGUAUGAAAAGACUUGCCUCCAUAUGUGCCUUUCUGUUCACUUUCUCUGACUUAAGCCGUGGGGCUCUUCUGUUCAUGUAAUAUAUAUUAUAUAUAUUUUCACAAGUGGAAAAUAAAACAUUACAAGAUGCUGUUUCCCUA